UGGUAGGGGCGGGAUCUGUGCAAACCCGGAAGUGGGUACAGGCCCGCCGGCUCGCCCCGGGGGCCAUGGCUGCUGCAGCGUCUGCAGCGGAGGGGGUCCCGGGUCGGGGGCCGUCUGGGGAAGUGAUUCAUCUGAAUGUGGGGGGCAAGAGAUUCAGUACCUCUCGCCAGACGCUCACCUGGAUCCCAGACUCCUUCUUCUCCAGUCUCCUGAGCGGACGCAUCUCGACUCUGAAAGAUGAGACCGGAGCUAUCUUCAUCGACAGGGACCCCACUGUCUUUGCCCCCAUCCUCAACUUCCUGCGCACCAAAGAGUUAGACCCCAGGGGUAUCCAUGGUUCCAGCCUCCUCCACGAAGCCCAGUUCUAUGGGCUCACUCCACUGGUUCGUCGCCUGCAGCUGCGGGAGGAGUUGGAUCGAUCUUCCUGUGGAAAUGUCCUCUUCAAUGGUUAUCUACCUCCACCAGUGUUCCCAGUAAAGCGGCGAAACCGACACAGCCUAGUGGGGCCCCAGCAGGUAGGGGGACGCCCAGCCCCUGUUCGACGGAGCAACACGAUGCCCCCCAACUUGGGCAAUGCAGGGUUGCUGGGCCGAAUGCUGGAUGAGAGAGCCCCUCCAUCCCCAUCAGGCCAACCAGAGGAGCCAGGGAUGGUGCGUCUGGUGUGUGGUCACCACAACUGGAUUGCUGUGGCCUAUACCCACUUUCUCGUCUGUUAUAGGCUGAAGGAAGCCUCUGGUUGGCAGCUGGCAUUUUCCAGCCCCCGCCUGGACUGGCCUAUCGAGCGCCUGGCACUCACAGCUCGGGUGCUUGGUGGGGCCCCUGGUGAGCAUGACAAGAUGGUGGCUGCGGCCACAGGCAGCGAGAUCCUGCUGUGGGCUCUGCAGGCGCAAGGUGGUGGCUCUGAGAUAGGCGUCUUCCACCUGGGUGUGCCUGUAGAGGCCUUGUUCUUCGUUGGGAACCAGCUCAUAGCCACAAGCCACACGGGGCGCAUCGGUGUGUGGAAUGCUGUGACCAAACACUGGCAGGUCCAGGAGGUCCAGCCCAUUACCAGUUAUGAUGCAGCCGGCUCCUUCCUCCUCCUGGGCUGCAGCAAUGGUUCCAUCUAUUAUGUAGAUGUACAGAAGUUCCCCCUGCGCAUGAAGGACAAUGAUCUCCUUGUCAGUGAGCUCUACCGGGACCCGGCGGAGGAUGGAGUCACCGCACUCAGCGUCUACCUCACCCCCAAAACCAGUGACAGUGGGGACUGGAUUGAGAUCGCCUAUGGCACCAGCUCAGGGAGUGUUCGGGUCAUCGUUCAGCACCCCGAGACUGUAGGCUCGGGUCCCCAGCUCUUCCAGACCUUCACUGUGCAUCGCAGCCCUGUCACCAAGAUCAUGUUGUCUGAGAAGCACCUGAUCUCAGUCUGUACUGACAACAACCACGUACGGACGUGGUCGGUGACCCGCUUCCGAGGCAUGAUCUCCACCCAGCCUGGCUCCACUCCACUUGCAUCCUUCAAGAUCCUGGCAUUGGAGUCUGCUGACGGGCAUGGUGGAUGCAGUGCUGGCAACGACAUUGGUCCCUAUGGUGAGCGGGAUGACCAGCAGGUGUUCAUCCAGAAGGUGGUGCCAAAUGCCAGCCAGCUGUUCGUGCGCCUCUCAUCCACUGGGCAGCGUGUGUGCUCCGUGCACUCUGUGGAUGGCUCUCCCACGACCGCCUUCACUGUGCUGGAGUGUGAGGGCUCCAGACGCCUUGGCUCCCGGACCCGGCGCUACCUGCUCACAGGCCAGGCCAAUGGCAGCCUGGCCAUGUGGGACCUGACCACCGCCAUGGACGGCCUGGGACAGACCCCUGCAGGUGGCUUGACAGAAGAAGAGCUGAUGGGCCAGCUGGAGCAGUGUGAACUGGCCCCACUGGCUUCCUCCCGGGGCUCUUUCCCCAGCCCCUCACCUAGGGCCUCUCUCACCAGUCUCCACUCAGCCUCCAGCAACACCUUCCUGUCUGGCCGUAGAGCUAGCCCCAGCCCACCGCAGGCAGAAGCCCGUCGCCGAGGGGGAGGCAGCUUCGUGGAAAGGUGCCAGGAACUGGUGCGGAGCACACCAGAGCCCCGGAGGCCACCAACACCAGCCCCUCGGCCCUCCACGAGUAUUGGGACUCCCCUGAUACCUCACAAGAAGGCUCUCAAUGAAACUUCCUUUUGAACCCAGCUGCCAUGAUGCCUUUGAAUACCCUAGUACCAGGGGACUCAGGGGCCUCCUGGCUUCCUGUAGGAGCCUUAGAUUCAGGCUCAGGACCUCAUUGAAAUGGUUAUUGUUACUAAACCCCUAUUUUCUGCCUCUUUUUGGAAAACCAAAGUCACCUUCACCAAUAAAAUCCUCACUGCCAA